AUGGUGAAACCGAAAGUAAAAGGUGCUUCCGGAUCUCCGGUCGUUAUUCCGGAACUGCAGCAACCAGCGGCAACAAUCAUGCCGCUCGCUCUACCACCACCGCCGCCAUUGCAAACGGCGGGAAGUCUCUACGCUAACUGGAUAAAAUUCAAGCAGGCGUUUGAAUUUUGGAUGAAAGGAGCAGGUCACUUCCGGCAAGAAAGUGAUGUGCAAGUGGCUAUCUUGUUAUCGGUUAUCGGUCCAGAGGGUCUGGAAAUCUUCAACGUUCUACCAUUGAAGGAAGAAGAUAAGGAAGAAUUCGAGGAGGUGAUUGAAGCUUUUGAUGCGUAUUGUGGAAAGAAAAAGAACGUGAUCUUCGAGCGGUUUGUCUUUACACACCGUCAUCAGAGUGAAGGGGAAAAAUUCGACGAUUUUCUGAGGGAAAUUACAACCUUAGUGAAGACAUGUGAAUAUGGAAUUAUGAGGGAUAGUUUGUUGAGGGAUCAAAUUGUGUUCGGGUUGUACGAUGGACUUUUCGCAGAUAAGUUGAUGGGAAAGGAAGCUGUUGAGCUUGCCUUGGAUAAAGUUAUCGAUGCGUGCAAAAUCGAAGAACAACGGAAAGAACAAUUGAAAGUGAUGCACCGUGAUGGACAGAGUUCAUUGUCGCGUGUAGAUUCGAUUAAGAAUAAGGGAUUUUAUACUAACAAAAAGGACGAAAAACAGAAAAAUCAAUCGCAAAAUCGUUAUAAAACUAAAAAGUCAGUGAAAAAUACUAACCGUACUAACACGACAAUGCCAAACAAUACAAAACCUAACGCCAUUUUAAAGUGUAGCUAUUGUGGCUAUGAUCACCCGAAAGGAAAAUACCCGGCUUUCGGCAAAAACUGUACAGCAUGCGGUAAAUUAAACCACUUUAGUAGAGCUUGCACAAGUAACAAGAUCAAAAGUGCUGGUGAAGUAUCAGUUUGUUACAUAGACGUUAUUGAAACACGUGAGGGAACUCAAUGGAACGAAGAAGUUAGGAUCGGUAGCAUGAACAUUAGGUUCAAGUUAGAUACUGGAGCGGAUGUGAACAUUUUACCAGCUCGUGUCUUGUCAGAAUUCGGUAUUAGUGAUCUUGAUGAAGCGCCCAUCGCUUUACAAGGAUUUGGAUCAGCCUCGAAAAUUAGCCCACUCGGAAAGAAGACACUCAGUGUCACAUGUCGUGAAGUGACUCGCGAUUUAGAUUUUGUGAUAGUCGAUCUGAACGUUAAACCUAUACUAGGUUUGAAAAGUUGUGUGGAUUUGGGGUUAGUCCAGCGCGUUUUAGAUGUGCAAACGGAUGAGAAUGCUGGAAGUAAAUUUGUGCAACGGAAUUUUGAUGUGUUUUCGGGUAUUGGUUGUUUUAAACAACAAUAUCAAUUGAAGAUUGAGCCAAAGGCUACACCUAUUGCAAAGCCUGCAAGACGAGUAGCUUUUGCUUUAAUGGAUAAAUUAAGAGCUGAACUGGAGCGGUUGUGUGAAAAUAAAAUCAGUGCUCCUGUAAAUGAACCAACAGAAUGGAUUUCUAACCUCACUAUUGUCGAGAAACCAGACAAAUCACUCAGGCUUUGUCUCGACCCACGUGAUUUGAACAAAGUGCUACUGAAGGAGCCAUUUUUGAUUCCAACAAUUGAUGAUUUGCGAGUGAAAUUGGCGAAUAAAAGUAUAUUUUCAGUAUUUGAUCUGAAAGAUGGAUUUUUCCAAAUUGAGCUAGAUAGAAAAUCAAGUUUUUUAUGUAGUUUCAAUACACCAUUUGGGGUUUAUCGCUACAAACGAUUACCCUUUGGUCUCUCUAUUUCGCCAGAAGUGUUUCAAAAGUUUAACGAAGAAAACUUUUCGGACAUCGCAGGGGUUUUCGUCUACAUAGACGAUCUCUUGAUUUAUGCUGAUAAUGAAGAAGAGCAUGAUUGUAUCAUGAAAAAAGUAAUCGAGCGUGCUAGACAACGGAACAUUAAAUUCAAUUCGAACAAAUUACAAUAUCGAGUGAAUAAAGUACGCUAUCUAGGACAUGAGGUCUCUAAGUUGGGAUUUCGCCCAGAUCAAAGCCGACUGGAUGAUCUACAGGAAAUUAGGUCGCCAUCUUCAAAAGUUGAACUACAGAAGAUUUUGGGAAUGAUUAAUUACAUUAGGGCGUUUAUUCCUCAUUUGGCUGAGUUGUCAAAGCCAUUACGCGAUUUGCUGAAAAAGGAUUGUGUUUUCGCUUGGAGAAAGCCACAAGAAGACUGUUUGGAUAAAAUUAAGCGUUUUAUCAAGAAUUCUCCUCAUUUGAGUGCAUUUGAUGAUAAAAUUCCCAUAAAAAUACAGUGUGAUGCAUCUCAAAAUGGGUUAGGUGCUUGUUUGAUGCAAAAUGGAAAACCGAUCGCGUUUUCGUCUAGAAGUUUGAAUGAUGCAGAGACACGAUAUGCGCAGAUUGAAAAAGAAAUGCUGGCAAUCGUGUAUUCUUUCAAAAAGUUUCAUAAUUAUGUUUACGGUCGAAAUUUUGCAGUAGAAAAUGAUCAUAAACCAUUGGUUUCAAUUAUGGAAAAGAGCCUCUGUGAUAUUCCGUCAUCAAGACUACAAAAGCUUCGCAUUAAGUUGCUGCCAUACUGUUUUACGUUGAGUUAUUUGCCUGGAAAGCACAUGUACAUCGCUGAUGUGCUCUCUCGGUUCUCUCGGAAAGUUUUAAUGCCUGAUGAGGUAGAGGAAGAUCUCACAGGUUAUGUUCAUACCAUCAAUAUUAGUAAUACACAUUUUCGUAAAGCGUUGAUGGAGUACAGAAAUUCGCCUUUGAAAGAUUUGAAUCUUUCGCCAGCUGAGCUAUUGAUGAGUCGUAAGUGCAAUACCUUUCUACCCAUUUCGUACAAUUUGUUACAACCUCAAGUUCAACAUUGUGCCGAACAGCAAAGAUGGCACUCGGAAACGCAGAAGAGUUACUAUGAUCGUGGUAGCAAAGAGAGAAAUGAUCUUGAGGUGGGAGAUGAGGUUAUGUAUUUGAAUAAAUACAGCCAGUGGGAGAAAGCAAUCAUAGAAUCACUAGCUGAUACACCCAGAUCAUAUUGGAUUCGUAGCAAUGACGGUACUUUAAACUUGAUCAAGAAAGAAGUUCAAAUAGUAAUACUGAUGUUAGGAUGGACGAAAAUGUUCGCACUGGUCAAGAAAAUGUUCCGCGUAGAAGUGAAAGAUUAA